UACGUGUAUGAGCGAGACGUAGUGGUGGAAGGGAGGGACAUGUCGUCGUUCCUCAGGAGCCUCUGGAGGAGCAACUCCAAGCACAAGAAGCUUUGCGAGGAGUGGGCGCUUGCGAGCAGUUGCGAGUCGGUGGGCCCGAGCACGUCGUCGAGCGCCGAAGUGGUGAGCAGCAGUGCACCAACGAGUGCGAGUACUAGCGCGAGUAGCAGCCGCACAGGACCCGAUGAGCCCGACCUCCUGCCCGAGACGAGCUUCGAGCUCAAGUACUUUGGCUGCACCCCCGUCGAGUCGCCCUCCAGCGAGAAGGAGACGGCCCACGUCAUCAAGACCAUCGUGUGCACGGCAAAGGCAAGUGGAAAAAAGCUCCAGAGAGUCUCGUUGGCCGUGAGUUUGCGAGGCAUCCGAAUGACGGACCUGACCACCGGAGAGGAGCAGCUCCGCAUCUCCAUAUACAGCAUCUCGUACUGCUCGGCCGACGGGGCCCACGGCAACGUGUUUGGCUUCAUAGCGGCGAACCCGGAGGAGAUCCUCGAGUGCCACGCCUACCUCUGCCCGAAGCGCAAAGUCGCCCAGACGGUCACUCUGGCCGUGGCCCAGUCGUUCAACGCCGCGUACGAGCUUUGGCAACUGGCGGAGCUGGACACGGGCGCCUGCCACCCCGAGCCCCAAGGCCCACAAUUGUCGAAUGGGAAUGGCCUCGCCGAUGAGGAUGGACAUGACGAACAAGAUGAGGGUCACAAAAAAGGAGCUGUUUCGGACGAGAAAAGCCCGGAAGAGCGACGCAAGUGCAAAGGCAGCCUUCGUGGGAGGAACAAGAGCUCGAGCCACAAGACAAACGUCGAGUCCAAAGUUGACUCUUCUUUGAAAAAUAGAGACUCGACUUUCAUUGAUGUGGAUGGUGUUGGCUUCGUUGACAGUAGCAUGACAUGUCCCAUCACGUUCGAUGAAAAUCAUUUCACCUCAGCGGACAAUCAAGUAUCCUUCGAGGACGAGACGUCCGGGGCGAGAAACGGCAUGCCCAUGAAGCCCCUAAACAAUAAGUCACCGACCCCGAGCCCCUCAUUGGCCACCAGCACCACCAGCAUCAAUGACUCGACAUCAACAGCAGCGGAACAGACGCAACUGAUCGCGAGCACCUGGACCGAGUCCGAGACGUCCCGGAAACUCGACCUCGUCUGCUCGUCGUAGCGCUUCCGGGACGUGCCGCUCAUCACGGGCCUGUGGCAGCAGUUGUCCUCCAACUCGCCCUCCUCUGCUGGCAAGGACCAACACCGACAACUGCCACCUGCAUAGUUGAAUAUUUGCAUAUUUAGAACCGUAUAUGAAAUCCAGUUCUGAGCUGAACAUCCGAUGUUUGUGAUCUUGAAGCUCCAAAAAUA